UUCGGCUAUAGACAGCAUUACUGUUUGGUAAAUUUUAUCUUAUUUAAAAUCUGACCUAAUUUGAAAACAAAAUGAAAUUUUUGGAAAGUCUAAAUUUAACUUUAUCAAAACUCAAAACUUUGACAAAAGAUUUAACAAAAAUCAUUUGGAUUAAUAAGGCAGCAAACCAAAGAGAAUCAUUUUCGAGGCUUACAGAAUAGUUUUCGAAGUAUGUCAUCUGAGAUGGAAGUCAACAAUGAAUUUGGUGGAGAAACCGGCCAGUCAGACCUAACACUGGUUGUCGAGGAUCAUAAAAUACCUGUGCUUAAAGCCGUUCUGUGUAUUGCUUCACCUGUGUUCCGUGCCAUGCUUGAAAGUGACUUUCAAGAGAAGUCGAAGAGAGAAAUACCAUUGCCUGGGAAGAGUUAUGAGGACUUUGUAGAGUUCCUCAAAUGUAUUUAUCCUGACAAGAUGAAGAAAAUAACAGAAAAGAAUGCCUACAAGCUACUGCCUUUAGCGCAUGAAUACGAGGUGAAGAAAAUGGAAAAACGAUGUCAAAAGGUGCUUAUUCAAGCUGUAAGAAACAGCCAUAUGAAAAAUGUUAUGGAAUUGUACAGACAUAUACAUAUGUCAGAGACAUAUCGUCUGGAGGAAUUGAAGAAAAUAUGUAUUUACCUAGCUUCUGAACAUAAUCUAGAACAGUUUAAAGUUGCCAGACAGACGUACCAAAUAUCGGAUGCCAGCCAUUACAUGAUUAUUGAGCUAGCUUUGCGGAGACAUGAGCUGGAUAAACAGGACGAGGGAUGUCUUUCUCUAAAAACCGAAGAUGGUAAAGAACAAAGAGGUUUUCUUCGGUAUGAUGACAUUGUCAAAUUUUCACUUACAGGAAAGGUAAACUUGAAUGAAUCAGAUACAGCAAGGACUUUGAGAGCAUUGCGACUUUCAGAGCGAUUCAAAAUCACCACCAAUGAAACUGAUGUCAAAUCAAGAAUGAUAAGAAAACUGCAAAAUGAUAGUACCAAAACUCCUGACAAUGAUCCACAUAAGGAAGAAUUUGACCUGCUCCCUGAAAGGAUCAAAAUUGCUUUAAAAAAUAAAUAAACAUUAAUUAGUUUGCCUAGAUAAGAUGUUGGUGAAAAAUACCAAAAACACAUUUCAAUUUAUAAUCUUAUUUCUAAAUUAAAGGUAUUUGUAAAACAUACAGCCUCAUGUAAUGCGAUUCCCAGGCUACCGGGAAAGUAUUUUGAGUUUUAGACCUAAAAAGUAGGUUAUCAACUUAUCUGAGGUACACAUUCUACAAAGUUUGAAGGCAAUAGGCCCAAGCCUUCUCAAGUUAUUCAUCAGAAACCAUUUUGCAUCGAAAUGUUACUGUUACCUUGUCCCAUGAGGUAUCGACCCAGCAAAACAUAUACUCACCACAAGCAACCAUCGCACAAAUUUUGGCAGUCGUUAGCUAAAAGAUGCUUCAGAUAUUGACCAGAAAAAUGUUUUCAGAUUCAAAGUCACUGUGACCAUGAUCUUUGAUUUGUUGACCCAAACAAACAUUAAGGGUCAUCUGUUGACCACAUGCGACACUUCUCUGUGAAGCUGACAAGAACUUUGGAGGACAGCAACACUUGACUAUUCAAAAGCCUUGUCAUUUAAAAGAAAAUCAAACUAGAGCUAUCACUAAAUGUGAUUAAUAUGAUCACUAAAUGUGAUUAAUGUGGCGCUUUGAUACAGAAAAAAUAAAACGUAGCGAACUUGGUCUUUGACCACCUACUGUGAACUUUACUUUGAACCUAAUGACCUUGGAUGUGCACUCUGCAUGUCCUCAUGAUGAUGUUAACAAAUGAUGUUAGUUUUAUGAAAAUACUUUCAGUGUUUAAGAAGAUAGUAAGUUUUAAUCUAUUCCCAGAAUAGUUUACUAAGUAACCAGCUUACAUAUUAAACCAAAUCCAGAGGCCGACAAAGGUGAAUGUGUGAGUGAAAUAGCUCAACAACCUAUUUCUUGAAUAUUAAGGCAACAAAGGAAUAGACACAAGCAUUAUAAGUGUCCACGAGUAUGACCUUGAACUAUGACCUACUCACCAAUAAGAUAUUAGGGAUCAUUUACUGACCACAUACAAUCAUCCUUUGAAGUUUGAAGGUUGCACGAGUUUGAAGACUGUACACCAAGAUGUCCUUUAAUCAUUAAUCGGAAAAUCAUUUUCAGUCUCGAGGUCACUGUGACCUUGGCCUCUGUCCAAUUGACCCGCAAAACGAUAAGAGUUCUAAUUGCCAAACAUUUUCAAUUAUUGAUUGGAAAGCUGUCUAUCAACAGACAGACUGGCAGACAGACAAGGAGCAAAACUUUAUAUACCCCUUCUGGUUUGAACGGGGCAUAAAUAUGAAUACUAUUUUGUUUUGAUUUAUUAUUGACUAAAAACUUCCCCUUCAACACUCCCCCAACCAUAUUUCUACCCCGUUACCCCUUCCUCUUCCUCCAUCUAUAUUUUGCACAAAAUUAAAAUGUACUAAGUAACCCGUCUCUAAUAUUUUCCUCUACAACUUCUUUUUGUUGUUGGCCUACUUUGCAAAUGCGUGACUCUGAGUCUGUGUUUGUGGUGUUCUGUGCUCCUUAUCUAUUAUCUUUUGUGUAUAUAUUUAUUUUAUGCUAACUAAUGAAAUACUGUAUUCUAUCAGUUAAAUAUUUUCAUAUUUCAUCACUCACACUGUGAAAAUAUGAAAUCUAUAUUUUCACACUGUGAGAGAUACAGCUCCACCCCCUCAUUACAUUGUGUAUGAAUUUUAAAUUAUUUGCUUAAAACACGAUGAAAAUUGUAGUCGCACUUUGUUCUAUAUAGUUUAUUUCUCGAUUCAAAUUGUUUUACUUAACGAGAAUUUCAUAACGUUAUGCAGCAAAAAAUAAAAUAAAAUGGAACUUUA